UACUUUUAAUUUGAAAGGUCAACCGGAAACACUCUUGUGGCUGGAUUCAUGCUUUUGAGUCUCGGCGCCUGAACACUCAGAAAUUAAUACCCGCCGCUUUUUAAAAUUAAAAUCGAGAUAUCUGGAAGAUAAAAAACUGUUAAGAGAUGUUUUAUCACAUCUCUUUGGAGCAUGAGAUUCUCCUGCAUCCACGAUACUUUGGACCGAAUCUUUUGAACACAGUCAAGCAGAAGCUGUUCACUGAGGUGGAGGGAACAUGUACGGGGAAGUAUGGCUUUGUUAUCGCAGUAACCACAAUCGAUAAUAUCGGAGCAGGUGUUAUACAGCCUGGCAGAGGUUUUGUGCUGUAUCCUGUCAAAUACAAAGCCAUCGUGUUCCGUCCCUUUAAGGGAGAAGUUGUGGAUGCUGUCGUCACACAGGUUAACAAAGUUGGACUCUUUACAGAAAUUGGCCCCAUGUCUUGUUUCAUUUCUCGUCAUUCUAUUCCCUCUGAGAUGGAGUUUGACCCAAACUCAAAUCCUCCGUGUUAUAAGACAGUCGAUGAGGACAUUGUGAUCCAACAAGAUGAUGAAAUUCGACUGAAGAUUGUGGGAACUCGAGUGGACAAGAAUGAUAUUUUUGCCAUCGGAUCUCUCAUGGAUGACUACCUGGGUCUUGUGAGCUGAUUCUUCUGCCAAGAAUAUAAGAAAUAUGAAACUUGAUGCUGUGGGGAUCCUAAAUAGUUUAUGUAUAUACUGUAAUUAUUUUCCCAUUGAUUUGAAGUUGUGUUUUUGUCUCCCCCCUUUUUAUUGUUAUUUUUAUCCCCAUAUGUUAGUAUAUCCAUAGUUUUCCCAUAGCAAAAGUUCAGUUGUGGAGAACCAUCAAGUUAAAUGGGAAGAGCAUGUAGCUCUAUGUGAUGGAAAGGCUUUGAAUUGUUUCAUUUAAAUCUCAUCAGCCAGGAUCUUCAGAUAUUGAAAAAUCCUGUGAGCAAAAGCAAUUCUCAAGCAUGUUAUGUAAAGUCAAAGGUAUCAUUCAUUACAUUUUAUCAUCUCUUUAUUAUGCAAGGUCAUUUUAGAACAUAUUUUUCUAAAUGCCAGGCUGUCUGUCCUUGAAUAUAUUUCUCUUUUGUAAUACAGCA